AUGAUAACCGUAGUAGGCUCCUUGAACUACGAUCUCGUGACAUACACGGACAAAGUGCCUGACGCAGGCGAAACGUUCCAAGCAAACACCUUCGAAAACCAUUUGGGCGGCAAGGGACUCAAUGAGAGUUUGGCGUGUGCCAGACUAUCAAAAGAUUCAGCUACCAAAGUCAGAACCGUGGGCAACGUGGGCGCCGACACCUUUGGCAAGGAGUUGAAGCAGGCUCUCGUGGACGCUGGCAUCGAUACGCAGUAUGUGGCGACUUUGGAAGGGUACUCGUCGGGAGUAGCGGUGAUCUUGGUGGAAACUUCUGGCGAAAACAGGAUCUUGUACACUCCAGGUGCCAAUGGCCAGUUGAAGCCCACGAACGAGCAGUACGAGACGUAUUUUGCAGAUUCCAGCGAUGGUGAUUUUGUGGUGGUGCAGAACGAGUACCCCGAUACAGUGAAGACCAUCGAGUGGGUGAAAAAGCAUAGGCCUGGGGUGAACAUUGCGUUGAAUCCCUCGCCAUUUAAGCCAAUUCCUCCAGAGACGUUGGCCAAAAUAGACUUGCUCAUUGUCAACGAGGGAGAGGCCUUGGAAGUUGGUUCGCAGGUGUUCAGUGGCAGUGACUUGGAUGCGUUCAAGGCCACAAUUGCCAGCGACGAAACCAAAGGGUUUGGGCAUUUGGCAGAGAAGUUGCAGACUUUGCUUGACCAGAACAACGUCAGCUCCGUGAUCAUUACCAUGGGCAGCAAAGGCAGCAUUUCGACGUCCAAGGAUGCUGCUGAGCCGGUGUUCACGCCAUCGAAGAAAGUGACCAACGUCGUAGACACCACAGGUGCUGGCGACACGUUCUUUGGCGGUGUUGUUCUGCGAUUGAGCGGGGGAGCCACCUUGAGUCAGGCAGUCGAGUUUGCUACGAGGGCCAGUGCCUUGGCAAUUCAAAAAAAGGGAGCCGCCGAAGGGAUCCCAACGUACAAGAUGGUAGAGGAGGCUACAUUUUGA